CGAGAACGAUGGCGGCGGCUGUGCUGCGCGCGCUCGACAAGCUGCCCCUGCCCAACAUGGCCGCCAUCUUGUUGGUUGGCACUGAUGAAAAACAGCUGGAACAGCUAGCCGAGGCCAUGCUGAAGGAGAGCAAGUCUUUCAAGAUCCAGAUCCACUUGGCCCCAUCGCUCCCUCUGCCCUCUGACACCUCGCAUCUCCGGCCCCGAAUCGACCUGAUUGUCUUCCUGUUUAGCCUGCAGAGCAAGAAAAGCUUCAGGAGCGUGGAGGCCUCGCUCGCUCACGUCGAUGCCAGCUUCUUCCUUGGCAAAGUGUGCUUCCUGGCCACUGGAGCCGGAAGAGAAGACCGCUGCAGCGUCCACAUGAGCACCGGCGAGAAGCUGGCCUUCACCUACAACAGCCCCCUCCUCUUCUGCAACCUGGAGAGCUCCGGCGAGUGCGCGGUGACGGCCCAGCGUCUGCUCCGCAUGCUGCAGGUGUCCGCGGGCUUCGUGCCGGGGGUGUCCACCCUGAGCCUGACCUCCAUGCUGAAGAGGACCGGCAGCGCCUCGUGGGAGGAGUGGUGAGGGGGCCGCGCCCCCCGCCCCGGGCCCCAGAUGCAGGGAAGGGGGUCCCAGCUGAUUCUGGGGGUGGGGAGCGCCGCCGCACACACCUGGGUCUGUCUGUGAGAGCUCUCGGGCCCUCCGUCCAACCCGCGGAAGGUCACUGUGAAGGAGAUGGAUGCGCUGGGAGUUGGAAGGGGCGUCAUCCUGGGAGACUUGGGAGCUGGUCGUUGUCGUUCCUUCCUGUCAAAGAGGAAGGGGAGCUAGUGCCCAGGUAGGAAACCUCCCUCCUGCCUGCCCAGGAGACCUCUGAGCCACCGAGUCUGCCAAGAGCUGGGCCCGGAGCCCCGAGAGGGCAGCCCCUUCUUGGCCCCGCAUUUCUGGCAGCCUCCAGUCUCCCUCGGUGGGGCAAUAACUCCCUCUGUGAGCCGAUGACGCCGGAGGCCCCAACCCGCCAGGUUGUGUCCUGCGAGAACCGGUGGUACAACGCGGCCGGCCCGGGGGAGAGCCCCCCGCCUGUCCCGAGUGCCAGGGGCGGCCUCCGUCAGCCACCCUCGCCACCCUUCCUCUGCCGCUCCCCAACACGUCUCCGCAGGCCAAAGAACCCCAAGCCCCCCACCCUGGAAGGGGCGGGAGUGGAGAGGGGCUCGGCGGGCAGCAGGUGCCACCAAGGAGUGGAUGCCCGGGUUGGGGGGUGAGGGAGCCUCCAGGAACUCCAGACCAUUUGUGCUCAGACUCCCACCUGCGGAUCCCCGCGUAGGCCACCGACGGGCUCCGUAAUAAAGUUGGCCUCAAGCCGAACCG